AUGGUGGGAAACACCACAUUUCCUCCUGCUAUUACUGCAGGUGAGGAUGCCAUAGUCAGCGAUUUGUUGUCCCGAGUCUUAUCCGGCGGCAAAAUCUGCAAGGCAACGGAACUUGCUACAUGCCUUCCUCGGUGGUUUAGCCAUGUCAAAGAGAAUAAGCCAACUUCUCCGGAUAUCCCAGAGCUACUAGCUCGUCUGCUAUUUCCGUUUGGUACACCUGCUAUCCUGGAACACAUUGAGAGGCUCAAAAUCCCCAAUUCUUUGACCGAUAGACAGAGCUGGAUGGUAAAACUCCGGGUCCUCAUGGAUAACAAAGCACAUGAAAGGCUGUUGCAAAAGUUGGAAUCUUUGCCAGAUCAACAGGUAUUAUUCACAGCUCUCUGUGAGCAAGACAAAGAUGGUAUGGAUGAAUAUCUUGUCGUUGACUCCAAGCGAACCCUACAAUUUGACUAUGACAUGCGGGAUGUGAUGACUCGGGGCGACAAAGAAGCAAUGAGAAAGCAUACAGACGUCUUUUACAUGACCGGCUCCGUUGCCUGGACCGUUCGAUCUCCUUACUGGAAUGUCGCCUUGGCCACCGACGAUGAAGGUAAUCGAUUGCUCUCAGAUGAUGUUUUGGAUAAUGUCCUCCCCAAGUGGAGACAAAUUCUCACCGGGGAGACUAUUCCGACCCCGAAAUACGGUGUUGUUGAUUCUUUUCGCGCGUGGCUGGCUAGUGAGGAGAAAAAGGCUAGUGAUCUCGGCAAAGAUUGGCCAACCACCCCCGUCAAAACUGCUUCUUCGGCCAAGAAGUUCAAAUUCGUAACCCCGGAGCCCUAUUCUCGCCUUCGCCCAAUGAAUAUGAGCCGUCUCUCUCCAUUUGAAUCAACCCCCAAUGUCACCGACAGUGAGCAAACUGGAUUACUCCGAGAGAUACUCGCAGAAGUUAAAGAAUUGAAGAACAUAAUCAGCCAAACUCUCGAAAGCAAGCAAGAGCUCAAGAGUACAGAAGGCCCAAUGCAUGGAACUUGGCCACAGAGUUACCCUUCCAUUCCUCAAGGAAUACAACCAACCUAUUUCGCGCCACAACAGGAUCAAUUCAUCAGUGCUCAAUAUGAUCCCUCUCUAUUUGAGCCGGAUUUGCAACCCUGGGACUCACAGUACCAAGACUGGACUACCAUGCUAGGCCCCGGGACUGGUUCGGCUCAUCGUCUCUAA